UCUCCCUGACGUGUCUCUUUCUCCAGGAGCAGUUCAUCGAGCUGUGUAAGACUCUGUAUAACAUGUUCAGUGAGGAGCGAGAGGAGCAGCAGCUGUACCACUCCAUCGCCACCGUGGCCAGCCUGCUGCUGCGCAUCGGAGAGGUCGGCAAGAAGUUCAGCAACGGGGGGGGCAGGAAGUCGGAGGCCGCUCAAGUCCCGCCCACCGCAUCCCAGUUGCCACCCAUCAUGUCUCAGGCUGCGCCCACCAACACGCAGUCUCCACUCCCUAUCGCCCCCCAGGCCCUGCCCCCUGCCUACCCUCAGGCCCCGCCCCCUGUCGACCCCCAAGCCCCGCCCCCUGACGCACUGUGCCGGGCCUUGGCUGAGGCCCAGCUGGAGCCGGCGCCCGCGGCGGCGUCAGACGAGGAGGCGCGAGACGACGGGUCGGUGUCGUCCUACUCGGUGGUGAGCGCGGGCUCGCUGGGGUGCGAGGACAUCGCCGACGACACGGUGCUGGUGGGUGGCGGCCAGCAGAGGCACGGAAGCGUGCUGGAUUCCGAUUGGUCGAUCAGCUUCGAGCAGGUGCUGGCCUCGCUGCUGACGGAGCCGCCGCUCGUCGACUACUUCGAGAAAAAGACAGACGUACGAGACAAGAUGGCCGCUUGCGAGGCCAAGAGGGCGGUGCAGCGGCAGAUAAGCUCCGCCUCCGAACAAGAAAUCACCCAGCAUUCAAUCUGAGUCACAUGUCUGUCUGCCUGUUCUGUGUGUUUCUCU